CCCUCCCCUCCCUCCGACAACUGUCCUGGAAUCGCGGUUGUCUGGCCGGACGACCUACGACCUUUCCUAAUGCUUUUCCCCUGGGGUCGGUAUCACAGCGGACCAGACGCUUUACCUUAUACCAUCGACAUCACGCAGCCGAGCGCUCCGCGUGCUCGUUCAAAGUAUUGCACCCAUACACGUUUCCAGGGCUCAGCAUGCGACGAGUGUACUGACGUGCACAGACACAUUCUGCACCUUUCCGAAAUCGCCCGGGAUCCCAAACACCACACAAAUUACAAGUAUCUCGGCCUUGGGCACUUGCAAGAUAUCGCGAAGACGUAUGCCGAACAAAUCAAGAUGUUAAAAUUGCAGGAACUCAAUCAUUCUCGCAGGUAUUUGCGCUCCCUCACCCAACUGGACGACUACAGUCGCCUCCUCAUGGCGAUAUCUGAAAAAGAUAUACCACGCAUCCACCAAAUCAUCGACGUCGCUCUUCGUCAUGGUUCUAGCGUGCGGGAGAUCGUAAACAAGCUCGAGGACGCGCUUGAGGGUGCAUACUCCCCUCGAGGUUACGAUGCUAAUGACCUCGACAUAGCAACCCUCAUUUUCAGGCUU